UUUGUUCCAUACUUCCAUUAAAUAAAGCAGCUGCGACCCAGCCACCAACCUUUGAACCUUUCCCGCGACAUAUUAUUCUUCCUUGGCGAUCACCUUCAAACGUCGUCGUUUAACAUUCAAAGACCUUCGAAUCCGAUCCAUUAUUCACCAAAUCCAAUUCCUCUAAAUUUCAAUUUUGUAUGUUAAUUCUUAAUCGAUCACCCAAAUUUCCUUGCAAUGUCCGUUCAACAUCUGCAAAAUUCUAGGGUUUCUCGCCUCUUCUUAUUCUCCUUCAUAUUCUUCUUCACCUAUUUUCCAGGUUUGGUAUUAUCCGCGGUGGUGACCCUAAGUUCCAUUGAGAUUUUCACAACCCAUGAGUGGCUAAGACCCACUCCAUCUGUCUAUUUUCGAUGUAGCGGCGACAACAAAACCAUUUUACCUGAUGUCAAAAAAAAACAUGUUCUUUAUGCUUUUAAGGGUGAAGAGUCUUGGCAGCCUUUGACUGAAUUUACAGCUAGAAAGUGCAAGCGAUGUGGAUUCUAUGAGAAAGACAGUGUUCUUUCUGAUGAUGAAUUUGAUGAGUGGGAGCUGUGUCCUUCUGAUUUUACUGCCCCUGAUGGAAAAUAUGUCCACUUCAAGGAAAAAGAACUUAAUGCUAGUUUUAUAUGCCCUGAAUGCUUAUCUUUUUCUAAUGAUACUAUAUCUGCAUCUGACGGGAAUCAUAAAGGAAAGGGAAUGAAUGUGGGAGUUAUCGUUUUGCUUACCGUUUUGGUUUCAACUGUACUGAUCGCGGGAGCCGUGGGAACAUAUAAGUACUGGCAAAAGAGGAAGAGAGAACAGGAUCAGGCUCGAUUUUUGAAGUUAUUUGAUGAAGGUGAUGACAUUGAGGAUGAGCUCGGCCUUGGCACAAUCAUAUGAUAGUUUAACAAAUUUCCUUCUGUACAGUAGGCUUUUCUCUCACAAUUUUGUUGAUGAAAAUAUAUUUUGGUUUGGCGUUCAAAUUUCACCAUAAGAGAUAGUUCUAGUUUUCAAUGUGGACAGCAAUAAUGCUACUGUCUAUAGUCACCUGUACAGACUACACAUUUUAUAUGGUACUUUAUCUGACAAAACUGCCCAAACAUAAGUAAAAAUACAUCCAUUGAUUCUUCCAUUUUUCAAAUUA